CUGUUGAUCUGAAUAACUGUAGUUGCUCGGCCAACCAGAACCAGUGUUCCGUAAGACAAAAGGUGUCUAGUUAACAUGUUUCAGAUGGAACAUUUACACCUGGGGGAGAUCUUGGGAGAAGGCAGCUUUGGGCGUGUCUAUAGAGGCCAACGACACGGCCAAGCAGUGGCGGUGAAAAGGACUAUGUUGACUCACCACGCCAUCCAGGAAGUCGACAUACUCAGGUCCCUAGAACAUACAAAUAUAAUACCCACCUGCAAGUUUCAUACCGGAUCCGAAAGUCUCAGCGUCCGUGCAGCCGGGUCACACCAGUCCAUUGAGCCCCCACGUCGAUCUGUUGGAGGCUUUCCACCUGUUGCAGCUCCCACGAUUCCUGGGUAACCUACAAAACCACGAUGGAAUUCAAACACCCGCCAAACACAGUUAAAUUAGGU